CAUCGCACUUGAUAUCUUGUGCUCGACUCCACACUCGUUUACUCUAUGCGCAGGACCCUCGCCACCAUGUCCUCCCUCGUCUCGACCGUGACCAACACGCUGGCCGUCAACCCCACUGCUCGUGUCCGUGGGCUUGAGGCUUUCACGUCAGGUCACCUGUGGACGCCGUACGGCGCGCGCGGCGUGUUCGGCGGGCAGGUCGUUGCACAGUCCCUCAUGGCGGCCAUCAACACCGUCGAGGGCAAGGACUUGCACUCGCAGCACUGCUACUUCCUCCUUCCCGCCAACUCGAAGGUGCCCAUCACAUUUACGGUCGAGCGCCUUCGCGAUGGGGCGAGUUACGCGACACGCCUGGUGCACGCGCUGCAGGACAGCCGCACCGUGUUUAUACUUAUGGCUUCGUUCUCUGCGCCGCCGCGCAAGCUCCCCGCCGACCUUGCCAGCCCGUCCGGCCCUGGCGUGUGGGACCCGGACUCGGAGCAGCCGGCCGUCGACCACAGCUACGACGACAAGAAGGACGAGCCAGGGAUCACUGAGACGCUCAAGUUUGACAAGUUUGCCGCCAAGUUUGACCCGCCGACGAACGGCACCAGCAUCAAGCCCGAGGUGCAGACGCAGCGCCGGCGCCCGUUCCAGCCCGCGUUCCAGAAGUCGAUGCCGACCGACGUCGUGCCCUUCAAGGACGCGACGACCGAGGAGGAGAUCUGGGAGCGCUUCCUGCAGCGCGCGAGCACCAAGGGCGUGCCCCUCGGCUCCAAGGUCCGCGCGGUGCAGAACUACAUCAAGGAACGCCAGCAGUCGCCCGUGACUAUCUCGAUUGCGCGCCCGCAGAGCGAGGAGCACCCGACCUCGCGCGCGAUCUGGAUGCGCGCCCGUCUGCAGCCCGACGAGAAGUUGACGCCGAAUAUGGUCCGCGCUUUGAUCGCAUUCGCGACCGACUUCCAGUUCAUCGGCACUGGCGCGCGCGCCGUCGGCCUGAGCGGCACGUCCAAGCCGCGCCUCGGCAUGAUGGCAUCGCUCGACCACUGCCUGCACUUCUACCCGCUGCCGGCGGACUUUGACCCGAGCGCGCCGCUGCUGCACGUCAUGGACUCUGUGCAGGUGGAUGUGGCGAGCGGGCGCGGGUUCGUGCGCGGGUGCGUGUACACGGAGAACGGGCACCUGGUGGCGUCGACGUCGCAGGAGGGCGUUAUCCGGGCGGACAUUAGUGGCAAGAAGCCUACACUGGAGCACACGCGGAACAAGGACCAGGCUAAGCUGUAGAGAGGGGAUGGAGAGUAGUAGGUGGUGGCAUUUUUUUGCAGAUGUAAAUGGAUCGAUCAUUUUGAA